AUGGUGCACGUUUGUGAGUAUCCCCCGACGAAGCUGGCCCAGCGAGUGUCACUUUUUGCCUUCUUUCUGCCUCUGGCUCUCUGUCUCGGCGACGAGAGGCUACACGGGACACGAAGCGUCGGCCCCACGGCGGAAACUUACAAUAAAUACUACAACUACGUCGAGCUGACCAGCCUUUUACAGUCGUUGGCGCAGAAAUACCCUCGCAUUGCCAACCUGACUAGCAUAGGUCGGUCGGUGGAGGGCAGGGAGCUCUGGGCGAUGCGGAUCACGGCGGACCCCGACAGAGACACCCCGGGGAAACCCAAAUUCAAAUACGUGGGGAACAUGCACGGAGACGAGACCGUGUCCAGGCAGGUGCUGGUUUACCUGGUGGAGCACCUGUUAGCGCAGUACGGCAAGGAGCCGCGGAUCACGGAGCUGGUGAACGGCACGGACAUUUACAUCAUGCCCAGCAUGAACCCCGACGGCUUUGAGAGGUCCAGGGAAGGGGACUGCGAAGGCGAGGCCGGGGGGCGAAAUAAUGCCAGGAAUAUCGACCUGAACAGAAGCUUUCCGGACCAGUAUGACGGGACCAUCGUCGACCCGAAUAAGAUUCCCGAAGUCAUGGCAAUGAUCAGAUGGAUCCAGGAGAAUAAAUUUGUGCUGUCGGGGAACCUGCACGGAGGCACCGUGGUGGCCAGUUAUCCGUUCGACGACUCGGCAACCCACAAGAGUAAAGGCGUCUACAGCCAGUCGGAGGAUGACAAGCUGUUCCGCUUCUUGGCCCUCACCUACUCCCAGAAUCACCCUGUGAUGAAGACCGGCGAGCCCAACUGUCCAGACACCCCGGACGAACGUUUCCUGGACGGCAUCACCAACGGCGCUGAGUGGUACGAUGUUCCAGGAGGAAUGCAGGACUACAACUACCUCAGUGGAAACUGUCUGGAAAUCACCAUGGAGCUGAGCUGCUGCAAGUAUCCUUCUGCUGACAAGCUCCUUGAGGAAUGGAAUCUGAACAGGGAAUCCCUUCUAGCCUACAUGGAAAAGGUGCACAUAGGUGUUUGGGGGUUUGUGAACGAUGCAGUCAGUGGAGCCCCCCUCGCCAAUGUCAGCAUCAUGAUAGCAGGCAUUCACCACAACCUGACGACAGCAAAACACGGGGACUACUACCGCAUCCUGCUCCCAGGAAACUACAGUAUCACAGCUGUGGCUCCAGGGUACUCCCCAAUGAUCAACAGUGUUAGGGUCACUGAAGGCAAAGCCACAGAGCUAAACUUCACCCUGGCUCCAGUGGUCAGUGAGGGGACAGGCAGUGUUUCUGUGACCGCAACCUCAGUGCCGUCCACCAACGAGCCAAACUUCUCCGCCACCGUUUCCUCCACCUCCACCUCCACCCGGGUCCCGGGCGAUCUCGCUGGAGGAAACCAGAAACCUGUGCACGAGCCCCUCCAGCCGCAGGAGUUUCGCCACCACAGCUACGCUGACAUGGAGUUGUUCUUACGCAAGUACAGCAGCGAGUUCCCCUCCAUCGCCCACCUGUACUCCAUCGGUCACUCUGUGGAGCAGCGGGAGCUCUAUGUCAUGGUCCUCUCAGAUAACCCACAAGUUCAUGAGCACGGUGAGCCGGAGUUUAAGUAUGUGGCAAACAUGCACGGCAAUGAGGUGGUGGGCCGAGAGCUAUCGCUCAACCUCAUUGAAUAUCUGUGCCGUAACUAUGGCACUGAUCCGGAGGUCACUCAGCUGCUCAACAACACCCGCAUUCACAUCAUGCCCUCUAUGAAUCCUGAUGGCUACGAGAUAGCCAUUGAAGGUGACGUGAAGGGCUACAAAGGACGGAACAACAGCAGGAAUUUUGAUCUGAACCGCAACUUUCCAGACCAGUUUAUCCCCACAACCGAUCCCACACAGCCAGAAACCGUUGCUGUGAUGAGCUGGCUGAAGAGCAUCCCUUUCGUUUUGUCAGCCAACCUCCAUGGAGGUUCCUUGGUUGUAAACUACCCUUUUGAUAACGACAAAGAGGGAUUGAUUCACUACAGCAAGUCACCUGAUGAUGAAGUCUUUAAGCAGGUGUCAAAGGCUUACUCCCAGGAGAAUCCUCUGAUGCAUAAAGGACAUCCCUGUGAAGACCUGUACCCUGAGGAGUAUUUUAAGGAUGGCAUCACUAAUGGUGCCCAGUGGUAUACUGUUCCCGGUGGCAUGCAAGACUGGAAUUACAUCAACACCAACUGCUUUGAGGUGACCAUUGAGCAGGGCUGUGUCAAGUACCCCCCGGCCGAGGAGCUGCCAAAAUACUGGGAACAGAACCGACGAGCCUUGCUUCAGUUUAUACACCAGGUUCACAGUGGAGUAAAGGGGACAGUAUCUGACAUUGAGGAUGGUACCGGAAUUCCUAAUGCCACUAUUACUGUGGAGGGCAUAGACCACAAUGUCACUACAGCUCAUACUGGAGACUACUGGAGACUGCUGAUCCCUGGGACUUACUCUAUCACUGCCUACGCCCAUGGAACAUCAGUUCAUCGCAGCUUUUGUGUUCAUAGUUAUAGGCCAGUGACAAUCUACGCUACAGUCUCAAAAGAUCAAGCGGAGGUAGUGGACUUCAGGCUGACUCCUUUAAAGUCUAAUAAACCCCACCCAUCGGAGAAGGAGCUCAAGAGUUUGAUCCAGGAGCUGUCUCUAGGUCAGGGUUUGGAACAACUGGUCAGGAGCACAGCCACUGACAACAGCUUUCGAUACCGACUGCCUAAAGAGAUGUCAGGUUUCUUGAGAGGCCUCACGCUCAACUUUCCCAACAUUACAUUUUUGCAUAGUUUGGGCCAGAGCGUGGAGUUCCGAACCAUUUGGGCUCUGGAAAUUUCCAACAAACCAGCAGAAGCUGAACCGCAUGAGCCAAAGAUCCGGUUCGUAGCAGGGAUCCAUGGCAAUGCCCCAGUGGGUACAGAGCUGCUGCUGGAGUUUGCUGCCUUCCUGUGCAUCAGCUAUGGCAAAAACCCUGCAAUCACCAAGCUGAUCAACGAGACCCGGAUUUUCAUUGUGCCCUCUGUCAACCCUGAUGGACGAGAACAGGCUGCGGAGGAUAAUUGCACCUCCGACCGGGGCCUGAACAACGCCAAUGGCAAGGAUCUGGACAAAGACUUCUUCGGCAACGCAUCACAACGUGUGAUGGAGCCUCAACCUGAGACAAGAGCCAUGAUGGACUUUAUUCUAAACAAAGGGUUCAGUCUGUCUGUGGCCAUGGACGGAGGCUCGCUUGUAGUGACCUACCCUUAUGACAAACCUGUCCAGCCAGUUGAAAAUGAGGAGACUUUGAAAUAUUUGGCAAGUGUGUAUGCCAACAACCAUCCCAAGAUGCACCUGGAUGACACGGGAUGUUCCAAUAAUGGGCAAAUCAGCAACGUCCCAGGUGGAUACAUGAGGGCAGCAGAGAAGCAAAGUCACAUGGGAAGCAUGAAGGACUUCAGUAUGGACUUUGGCCACUGCCCAGAAAUCACAGUGUACACCGGCUGCUGUCUGUUCCCCCGUGUUCAGCAGCUGUCCACUCUCUGGGCUGAGAACAAGAAAGCUCUCCUCAGCAUGCUAGUAGAGGUGCAUAAGGGGGUGCGAGGAGUAGUGAGGGACAAAAAUGGGAAACCCAUUGUUGGCGCAAAAAUUGUCCUGAACAAAAGAGUCAAAGUCUUUACUUCAGAAGGUGGCUACUACCACGCUCUUCUUGCACCUGGGAAAUACAAUAUUGAGGCCUUUGCUGAUGGCUACCAAGAACAGCAACGCCUGAAGUUUACAGUGUCAUCUUAUGAAGCUGCUGGGUCCGUCGACUUUGAGUUUGACAUGGACAACACCAUCUUUGGGUUGCCCCGAGAGUUUGUUGUGGCCACUGCAGCGGCCUCCAUGACGGCACUGGUGGUGACGGCGUGCAUCAUCUGGUGCGUGUGUGCAGCCAAGUCCAACCGGCAGAAAGACGGCUUCCACCGCUUGCGGCAGCACCGCGAUGAUUACGAUGAUGAGAUCCGGCUCACUUCCAUGGGCUCCAAAAAGUCCCUGCUCGCCCACGAGUUUCAGGACGAGAGUGAAAGCGACGAGGAGACACUGUAUGCCAACAAAAUCUGA